AUGAUAAAACUUGUUGUAUCUAUGAACCUGAAAUUUAUUGAGGAUACAAGAGUAGUAAAAAUUUAUUAUAAAUUAAUGGCCAAUCUAAAAAAAAUAUUAUUUAUAGUAAAUUGA